AUGAACACUUAUUUCUAUUGGCUUAUUUUAAUUUAAGCUUUAGUAAUCAUUAUUAGAUUUAAUCUCACAACUUUAGAAAAUUUCAAUUAGACUAUUAAAAGUAAUUGUAUACAUAUAAAUUAUUUUAAGAUGAUGAAAAUAAUCAAAAUGUUUCCAUUAAUAUUAUAUCAGAAAUAUAUACUACAAUUUUUUAAGGAUAAAAUUAUUGCUAUAUAUUCAUUUAUCCUUUAAUAUUAAUGUUAAAAUAAUUGAAUAAAGAACAAAAUUUUUUAGUAAUUUUCAUUUUAUAUUUAUAAGAGAAAAAUAGCAUUUUUAUUUUAUUGGAUUUAAUACCCUUUUUUAGAAGUUUUUAUCCAUCAAGUUUCAUUAAUAAUAAAACAAUAUUAUCGUAAAUAAUAUAUAAUAUUUAUCAUAGCUGAAUUAAUAAUGUCUAUUAAUAUUUGUUUUGCAUUGUUUAUUUUAAAUCUUACUUUUGUUAUCAUUAACUAACAAUUUUUAAGAAUAAAAAUUUAAAAUAAAAGAAAAACUUUAUAUAUCCUAUUUUUAUUAUUAGUUAUUAAUUUAUUGUAUAAUAUAAUCACUGUCAAUAAUCAUAAUUGGAUACCAUAUUUAAUCAUUAAUGCAUAUAUUUAAAUGUAUUUAAUCCAUAUAGAUUCCAAUUUAUUUUAAGUAUAUAUUUUAUUUCAUUUACAUUAGAAUAAUAAAUAUAAUCAACAAUAGAAACCAUUAAUUAAAAUACUUUUUGAAAGAAUACCAUUUUUUAAUAGAGAAGAACAAAUUAAUCAAUUUUUUGUUAUAAAGAAAGAUAAAGCCUUGCUAAUAUUUAUUAUAUUACCCUUUAUUAUAUAUUUCACUAAAACAUUACCAUCAAUAAAUGUCCUAAUUAUCUUAAUAGCAAUAAUCAUACAAUUUAUUUUAUUUAUAUAAUUGGAUACUUCAUUAGUAUCAACAGUAUAAUUGAUUAUUAUUAAUUUAGUCUUCAAAAUUUGAAUUGAAAGAUUAAUGGUUAGCAGCUGAUCUAUUUAUUUUAGAUUUAUUAUUGCCUUUUAGAAAUAUUGUGAUGUUUUUAUUAUUAGAUUGA